ACUACUGAAUCGACAACAGGAUCAUCUACAACAUCGACUACUGAAUCGGCGACAUCUACUGAAUCGACAACAGGAUCCUCUACAACAUCGACAACUAAAUCAACAACAGAAACGACAACAGGAUCAACUACAACAGAAGGUUCUACUACUGAAUCGGCAACAGGAUCCUCUACAACAUCGACAACUAAAUCAACAACAGAAACGACAACAGGAUCAACUACAACAGAAGGUUCUACUACUGAAUCGACAACAGGAUCCUCUACAACAUCAACAACUGAAUCAACAACAGAAACGACAACAGAAUCAACUACAACAGAAGGUUCAACAUGUAUUCGCAGUUUAAUACUAAAAGCGAGUCCCAGCGUAUACGAAAUCGCCAUUAAAAAUGACCCUCAAACGUCGGAUCUGACAGAUAAAAAUCAUACCCGCGCAAGAAGACAAACAUUUUUCGAACGUUGUGCACAACUCAGAAAGCAAGCUGAAUGUGCUCGUAAACAAAGACGUCGCAAAUUUUUCGAAAAUCUUCCAACACCAACUACCGCUGCUGCUUCCACUACAACGACUGAUGCGACGAUUUUCAACAUAACAACUCCAGAAACAACCAUAGUAACGUCAAAUGGAUUACCCAAAACAGGCCAGUCGACGCAAUCAACUACAGCACAAACAACAUCGGAAGAGUUAAUGUCUACUACAUUAAAUCAGAAAGAGACAACUUCAACUGCUGAACAAACCACAUCUAUGACAGAUGAAUCAACCACAACUGAAGUAACAACUUCUAUAACAGAUGAGACAACUUCUACUACUGAAAAUAACACAUCAACGACAGAAACCUCAACAACAACUGAUGAAACGGAUUCUAGUACUCCAGAAAUAAUAACAACUACAAAAGAAACAACAUUCACAACCAACGAAACCACUUCUACCACUGGAGAAACAAUUUCAACGACAGAGGAAUCAACAAUAACUGAUAUAACAACUUAUAGCACUGAGAACUACAUCAACAACGGAAAGAUAACUUCAGCAACAGAAGAGACAUCCACUACUGAGGAAACUACAUCAACAACAGAAAAAAUAACUUUUACUACUGAAAAAACUUCAUCAACGGCAGAAAAGACAACUUCGACAACGGAAGAGACAUCUCCUACUGAGGAAACUACAUCAACAAUAGAAGAGAUAACUUCUAUUACUGCAGGAACUACAUCAACGAUGCAAAAGACAACCUCAAACGUAGGAGAAACAUCUGCUACUGAGGAAACUACAUCAACAACAGAAAGGACGAUACCUACUGCUGAGGAUAUUACAUCAACAACAGAGGAGUUUCCAUCUAGUACAAAGCAAACCUCGUCAACGAUAGAAGAAAUAUCUUCGACUACAGAAAAGACUUUUACUACUGAAGACACAACUUUAACGACAGAAGAGAUAACUUCUACUGCUGGAGAAACUUCAUCAACAGCAAAAACAACUUCGACAACAGAAAACACUACCUAUACUGUAGAGAAAACUACAUCAACCGCAGAAGAAACAACAAAAACUACCACAGAAGAAACCACAUCAACGAUAGAAGAAAUAUCUUCAACAACAGAAAAGACAACCACUACUGAGGAAACUUCAUCAACGACGGAAGAGAUACCAUCUAGUACUGAAGCAACUAUAUCAACAACGGAAAAAACGACAUUUACUACUGAGGAAGCUACAUCAACAACAGAAGAGAUGAAUGCUUCUACAGAACAAACCACAUUAACGAUAGAAGAAAUAUCGUCGACUACAGACAUGACUACUUCUGAUGAAACCACAUUAACGACAGAGAAGAUAACUCUUACUACCGAAGAGAUUUCAUCAACGACAGAAAGGACAACUUGCACAACAGAAGAGACAUCUACUACUGAGGAGACUACAUCAACAACAGAAGAGGUAACUUCUACUAUUGAGGAACCUUCAUCAACGACAGAAAAGACAACUUCGACAACAGAAGAGACAUCUCCUACCGAGGAAACUAUGUCAACAAUAGAAGAGAGAACUUCCACUACUGAGGAAACUACAUUAACGACAGAGAAAAUAACUCCUACUACAGGAGAGACUUCAUCAACGACAGAAAGGACAACUUGCACAACAGAAGAGACAUCUUCUACUGAGGAAACUACAUCAACCACAGAUGAGAUCACUUCUUCUACUGCAGAAACUUCAUCAACAGAAGAGACACCUCCUACUGAGGAAACUACAACAACAAUAGAAGAGAUAACUUCCACUACUGAGAAAACUACAUUAACGACAGAGAAGAAAUCUUCUACUACUGAAGAGACUUCAUCAACGACAGAAGAGUCAACUUCGAUAAUAGAAAAGACAUCUACUACUGAGAAAACUACAUCAAUAACAGACGAAAUAACUUCUACCGGAAUAACCACAUCAACGAUAGAAGAGAUACCUUCGACUACGGAGAAGACUGCUACUACUCGAGAAACUUCAUCAACGACAGAACCAACCCAAGAGACAUAUAUUACCGAGAAUCCCACAUUAACGCCAAAAGAGAUAACUUCUACUACAGAACAAACCACAUCAACGAUAGAAAAAAUAUCUUCAACUGCGGAAAAAAAUUGUACUACUGAAGAAACUACAUCAACAAUAGAGGAGACAACUCCUAGUACAGAACAAACCACAUCAACUAGAGAAGAAACAACUCCAACGACAGAUGACACAAUGUCGACAAUGGAAGAGACAACUUUUACUACUGAAGAAACCAAUUCAAAGACAGUAGGAAACAGAAGACAGUUUCUACUACUCAGAAGACAAGAAACAACCUCUACUACUGAGUCAACCAUAUUAUCGACAGAAGAGAUAACUUCUACUGCUGAGGAAAAUACUUCAACGACAGAAGAAAUAACUUCAACAACAGAAGAGACGCCCUAUACAUCUGAAGAUAUUACAUCAACAAAAGAAGGAACUAUCUCUACUUCAGAACAAACCACAUCAACGAUAGAAGAAAUAUAUUCGGCUACGGAAAAGACUUCUACUACACAAGAAACUACAUUAACGACCGAAGAGAUAACUUCUCCUACUGAAGUUACUACAUUAACAGUAAAACAGAUAACGUCUAGUAUUGCGGAAACUACAUCAACAACUAUAGAAAUAGCUCCUGGUACAGAACAAACCACAUCGACUAGAGAAGAAACAACUUCAACUACUGAAGAAACUACUUCAACGACAGAUGACACAAUGUCGACAAUGGAAGAGACAACUUUAACUACCGAAGAAACCAUUGCAACGACUGAAGGCAACAGAAGACCGUUUCUACUACUCAAAAGCGGAGAAACAACCUCUACUACUGAGUCAACGACAUCACCGACAGAAGAAAUAACUUCUACGGCUGAGGAAAAUACUCCAACGACAGAUGUUAUAACUUCUAAGGCAGAACACAUCACAUCUACUACAAAAGACACAAUUUGGACGACAUGGACAACUUCCACUACCGAAGAAAUCAUAUCAACUACUGAAGAGACUACUUUAUCUACUGAAGAAAUCAGCUCAACAAUAACAGAAGAGACGACUACUGCUGGGAAAACUAUAUCAACCGCAGAAUUGAAAGAGUCUAAUACAGAUAAGACCACAUCAACGGCAGAAGUAACAACCUCGACAACGGAAGCGACAACUUUUUCUGCCGAAGAUGUUUUCUCGACGACGGAGAAAACAACGUCUACUAACUUUAAUGUUUGCUUCUUUUAUUUCUACCCAUUGUACGGUAUUACGCUUUGA